AAGGAAAAGAAAAAAAAAGAGAAAAACCAUACUUGUACCAAGGAGUGAGAGAGACAACAGUCUACAGUAGCUGAAGCUUGUUGCCUUGUUCUCUGAAAAGUGAAAAGGCCGAGACUUGAGUGUUUCCCCGCUCAAUUUUUCCACCGUAGUCGCCCCCAAGAUCGAAACAGAAGAACCAAAGGAGAAACAAACAACAGUCUUGUUUUGGAGAGCAGAGAAGGGCAUUUGGACGACGACGACGAAAUACAAGGUGCCUUUAAUGCCCAUUGGGUUACAAAGAAUAUGAUUAUCAAGAUACAGAGCUAUGGAGAAAAAUUGGGUUUUCGAUGGAUGAUGCUCUCCCGAAAUUACUGUUCGAGUGAAGCAACAAGGCACAUUACUGAUCCAACCAAAAGAAUAUGCAAAAUCAUGAUGUCUUGCCCCACACUCACACUUGAUACUGCCCUUGAUCAAAGUGGGGUCAGAAUUUCACCUGAAAUAGUAGAGGAUGUUCUCGUGAGAUUCAAGAAUGCCGGAAUGGUUGCAUACCGCUUCUUUGAAUGGGCAGCGAAGCAGCAAAACUACACGCAUAGUGUUAAGGCAUACCAUGCUAUGAUCGAUUCUUUGGCAAAGAUAAGGCAGUACCAGAUCAUGUGGGAGCUUGUGAACUCAAUGAGGACCCAAAGGAUGCAGAAUAUGGAGACAUUUGGUAUCAUUAUGAGGAAGUAUGCCAGGGCUCAGAAGGUUGAGGAAGCGAUUUAUACUUUUAAUGUUAUGGAAAAGUAUGAUUGUGCUCCGAAUUUAGCGGCAUUCAAUGGCCUGCUGAGUGCUUUGUGCAAAUCCAAGAAUGUGAGGAAGGCUCAGGAGAUUUUUGAUAAAAUGAAGGACCGCUUUGAGCCAGACUCAAAGACAUACAGUAUAUUAAUUGAUGGAUGGGGAAAGGAUCCAAAUUUGCCCAAGGCAAGGGAGGUCUUUAGAGAAAUGGUUGAUGCUGGCUGUAAUCCUGAUAUAGUGACUUAUGGUAUCAUGGUUGAUGUUCUGUGCAAAGCAGGGAGGGUGGACGAAGCCAUUGAGAUUGUUCGGGGCAUGGAUGCUAGUGGUUGUAUGCCUACAUCUUUUAUUUACAGUGUUCUGGUGCAUACAUAUGGGGUGGAAAAUAGGAUUGAAGAUGCUGUUGAAGCAUUCUUGGAGAUGGAAAGGAAUGGAAUCAAGGCUGAUGUAGCCGUCUAUAAUGCCUUGAUCGGUGCUUUUUGUAAAGUUAACAAGUUCAAGAACGUGUGGAGGGUCGUAAAUGAUAUGACUUCCAAAGGUGUUGCAGCCAAUUCGAGGACCUGCAAUAUCAUCUUAAACAGCUUGAUUGACCGUGGAGAAACUGAUGAGGCAUUUAGUGUCUUUCGUAAAAUGAUCAAAGUAUGUGAUCCAGAUGCAGAUACAUAUACAAUGAUGAUAAAAAUGUUUUGCGAGAGAAAUGAAUUAGAGAUGGCUCUUAAAGUGUGGAAGUACAUGAAGUUGAAACAGUUUGUUCCCAGUAUGCAUACAUACUCAGUCCUUAUUAAUGGAUUGUGUGAAAACGGUAAUGCUUCAAAGGCUUGUGUCUUACUGGAAGAGAUGAUAGAGAAGGGGAUUCGGCCAUCAGGUGUGACAUUUGGGAGAUUAAGACAGUUGCUUAUAAAAGAAGGAAGAGAAGAUGUACUGAAAUUUCUUCAAGAAAAAAUCAAUCUCCUUGUCAAAGAGCCUUUAUCUGAUUGAGGAGUCAGACUAGCUACUGAGAAAGUUUGGUUUCUUAAUGCAUUACUUACAAGUUCUGGAGUAUAUUGCUGUUGAUGUGCUUGCUCAUGAGAGAAAGACUCAGCUUUUGCAGGUAAAAUUUGUUUGAAAUCACUGCCGAAUAAAAAAAGGUUUCCCGACAAAUGGGUGUUAUUCUCCGAAUCAUUAUGGUGUGGUAAAAUAUCACGUAGAGUUUUAUCAAGUGAUUAAAAGCAAUGUUUGUGGUUCAUCAGAGCUUCAUCUCAAACAAUUAAGUCAGAUUUUUCAAUAACUUUUGCUAAAUUUGUACACUGCCGUCUACAGGUCUCUGGCAGGGAGAUCUGCUGUCCCCCCUUUUGUUCUUGAUCUGUGCUGAAGUCUACAAUUAUCAACUAGAUACUUUCCUGACACCUUUUUCUCGGCUUCGUUAGUCAAUGCCUCCCUCCCAAGUUUGGAGGUGCUUAUGGGGAAGAGAGCUUGUCAAGCAUAGUGUUUUGUGGAGGAUAGCUGAUGGAACAUCUGUUCAGAUCUAUAAUGACAGAUGGAUCCCGAGACUGACUACUGUUAUGGUUUGCAGUCCUUUAAAUUUCUCUUGUGAGUGAUCUUUUGCUUCCUUCUGGGAAAUGGGGUAAAGCAAAAGUUGAAGCCAAUUUCUUUGUGGAGGAUGCUGAUUACAUUCUUAGUCUCCCAUAUAGCAAGGCAGACAGAAGGGACAAGUUGAUAUGGUUUUUUGAGAAGCAUGGAAAAUUCUCAGUGAGGUCAGGGUACAAGUUGGCUUUGUCUUUCAUGGAGAAUGCCUCUGAGAGAUAAAAGUCCACAAAUGAAUCUCAGUCAAGAUGUUUUUGGAACUUUGGAGUCUAGGGUGGCAAACAGAGUCGAACUGUUUUUGAGGAGGGCUUCUCGAAACAUCCUGCCAUGUACAAAUUCUAUAAAAGCCUGGAAAAUUACUCCUAGUGAUUUGUAUUCGAGAUGUGGUAAGAAAUCUGACUCUGCUUCAUGCCAUCUUUAAGUGCAAGAUGAGUAAAUAUGCUUGGAGAGUUGGAGGUGCAAUUUUGGUUUAAUGGGAAAGUGGAAUUUUCAGCAACUUCUUCAAUCUUCUUGAGUAUGCAGCUGGCACCCUUUCCCUGUGUGACUUGAACAGUUUGCUUACUGUCCCUAGUUACUUUGGAAAGAAAGAAAUGAUGUUUUUCAUGUGUUGUCUGAAAGACUUGAACUUAUCUCUGAGAAAGCCAUUUGUAUGCUGGAGGAGUUAAAAAAUGAAAAUUUAUUGGAAAGCAGUGCCUUAACAGAGAAUGCAAGAUGGACCCCUUCCAAUGAGGAUUCUUUCAAACUUAAUUCUGAUGUUGUCCUUGACGACAUUAAUGGUAGGAAGAGUUGGAGUGUGGUUCAAAAUUUGAGAGGAGAGCUGAAGGGGGCCCGUUCCAGAUCUUGGAAAGGGAGAGGUAGUCCUUUAGAGGCGGAGUUGCAGGGGAUUCUUGAUGGCAUCAAGUUUGCUAUUUAUGGAAGCUUCAUGCCUGUUAUCGUUGAAUCUGACUCUUCUGAGGCACUAACCCUUGUUGGGCAGCUGUUAGUCUUAUUGUGGAGGACAUCAAAAUGUUAUUGAGUAUCGCACAGGCAAGACGGUUAAGCUUCAUCCCCACGAGGGCAAUCUGGUAGCUCAUUGAAGACAAGCAGUAGAGAAAUUUAUCCAUGGGAAAGAGAUUGACUUGGAGGAGUUGAGAGGGAGAGUGGACCAAGCCCAGAUACAAAAGGUAUGUGUUACAAGCAACUAGUAUUCUUGUGAAGGUGAUGUUUAUAGUUAAUGAUUGAUCAUCAACAAACUGUGUUUUCAGCACUAUAGCCUUUGGAUAUGGAUAUCCACGCUUGCUGAUGCUAUUAUAUGCUGGAUUGCUGCUCGAGAUGCCUUGUGAGAAGAAAAAGUUAUAACUUUGUUUUUCCUGUGCCCAAAUGCGUUGCUACAUUACAUAUUUUUCUAAAAUGAGACUGAUGUUUGGCGGCGAGGGUAGAAUUGAAGAGCUUAUUUUAAAGUGGCCAAGGGAACAUAAAAGUUUGCAAAGUUUUCUCAUGUUGAGCCUAGAUAUGUAGUGUGGUUAUAGGAAGGGCCUGAAUGGCUAAUGAAUUGUAUAUAGAUUGAUAUCAACGAUAUUACCCUCUUUAUCUAUUGAAUGGAAUUUCAGUUGAUAGAAACUUGUAAUACUGAUCACAACACACUACAAAAACUGAUAUAGGCUCUGCAACUGGAGGGACAUCAUCUGGUGUUUUCUCAUAUAGUCUGAAUAUGAUCAGCAUUGUAAUGAACAAGAUCUUCAGGAAUCUAGAUGGAAAAGCAUUUAGUCUCUUGCUAUCCAUCCAAAGCUGAGGUCUUUUCUUUGCAUCCAGCAGGGUAAACUUUUAACAAAUGAUCAAAGGCUCAGGAGGCAUAUUGCAAGUACUCGUAACUGUGGUUUUUGUUCUGACAGUCCUGAAACCAUGGUCCAUUUAUUGAGAGAUUGUAUCAAUGCCAAGCGUUUUGUUAGCCGUCAAUAUUCCCACCACUAUGAAAGCAACUUAUACUUCGGGAUGGGGUGAAUGGGUUAACUGCCAAUCUAAAAGCAGAGUUUUUUUUUUUCUCCUGGUAACUUGCAGUGGUUCCUUCUUUUAGUUGGGUAACUGGAGAAUGGAUGAGUGCCUUCUUGGUUGAUAUUGGUACAGGAGAAGUGAUUCAAGCUGAAUCCACAGUAAAUUUGCAGAUUCUUGUUGCCUUGAAUGUUAGAAAUUUGGAAAUUGAGUCAGACUCUUCUACUAAUCUGGUGAACCUUUCACAUGCUGAGAACAUUGCCUUGCACCCUCUUUGUAAUAUUCUGCUGUAUUACAAGAGGUUGAUGAGUCAAUUUGAUUCUUUGCAACUUCAGCAUAUUCAAAGGCAAUAUGGUGGCAGAUCUUCUUCCUAAAGAGUGUUCAUCAUUCUGAAGGGGUGUGUACAUUUCAUUGCCCUCCUAAUCUUGUGAUUGAAGCCGUACUUGAUGACAUUCUAGGUGUUGUUUGGCUUAGGAAGGUUUGUAACACCAACUAUUAAUGCAUUGCAGAAGGAAACAGUAAGUCACAAGACAAAUAAUUCAAUCUAGAAUAAUUUUGUGUAUUUCAAAUGAGAAUAUAAGUAUAUUCUUAACCAGUCUGUGCUUACCUCAGUCGCUUUUCUGGUGUCUCGAUGUAGUUGGCAACUUUGCAUUGGUGAUGGCCGUUCUUGUUAUGCUGAACUUU